CUGAGGUCGGGCGCGUGCGUUGUUCGGCCGCACCUCGCCCUGGCAGCCGGUAACCAGCGCGCCGUGUUUGUCCUGCACACAGUAACCCCGGCUGAUAACAGCGAGAUGCAGAAAUCCUGGAUCCCCGACAGGAAGGAGAGGACAUGACAGCAGCAGACGUCCACGAGGCGGAUCUGGAGGAGCUUCUCAUAUACGACGACCUCUUCCUGGAAUACUUCAACGCUUUUGUCGCGCUUCCGGCCUUCCCAGUGAGAAUAUUCUAUGACCGGCUGACUGGCCAUGUUCGGGAUCUGGACGGGAUGUUACAGGAUGGGCCCCAGGAGUUCGGAGCCGGGGACCUGCAGAGAGAGAAGACGCUCCUGUGGUUGCAACAAGAGAGACUUUUGCUGUUUAGGAGGUCUCCGCUCUAUUUAGAAUACAAGUUGGCCAAAUUAUUAGUGCGCCCCCUGGAGGAUCCCCAGCCUGCCAGCCGCUAUGACAUCCGAGGGUACAGCCGCCAGAUUGACAGCGCCGCUAUGUCCACCGGCCUCUGCUCCGCAGUCCCCCAGCAGUUCAGGACCCCCAGUAUCUGGCCAGAGGAGCCACCGCCAAUUGAGGGAAGGUUUCCCAGCCGCGUCCACAGCACCCCCGCCGCUCCUGGAUAUGAAUCUGACACCUACAGAUUGUCUCUCCUGGCGCAGUAUGGAGACGCCAUCGUGAGGCUCUGCCAUCCCUCGGACCCUCAGAUGGAGGACGGAGACCUCUCUGUGGCCUUCACACACAGUCAAUCCAUCGGCCUCGUGUCUCCAGAGUCUCCAAGUAUCCAGCUCCGCACUGAGGCCUCGGCCUGGGCUGAACACCAGAGGGACACCAGAGAUCCUGGAAGUGCAGCCCGGAGUAACGAGGAGCAGAGGAUGGGCUGGGCGGACCUUGAGGACCAUGAGGACCUUUACAGCAUCACAGAGGAGGAGGAGAACUUUGUGAAGCAGCACAAUCUCACCAUGUACGCCCUGCAGCAACUGAAGGAGGAAGCUCUGAGCUCGAGGGCUGGCAUGGGGAGGUUCAUGCGCUUCCUCCAGGACACGAAGGGGGGUCACAUCCUUCAUGAUUGGAUGGACUGCGAAGCUUUCAAGGAGCAGUCAGUGGAUCUCGAAGUCAACCACAGCCCUGAGGAUGCCCGGCACCUGUGUGUCCACCUCUUCAGGAGCAUCCAGAAUAAGUAUCAGAUCUACCUGCGUCCUGAGAGUCAGGAGCAGAUCCGUCUGUGUCAGCAGAGCCGGGGUCCUUCCUACCACGCCCUCAGGAGAUCCCAAUAUGAUGCCCUGAGACGCCUGCGCUCCUACUGGAUCCCCAGGUUCCUCAUCCACUGGCAGAGGGAUCACCCGCUCAGGCGUACAGAACAUAAGGGGGUGAAGCCGGACGCCCCAUCUCUGGAGGUCGCCAUUCAUACUUCACCGUCCACCCCCCUGGGGAACAAGGACAAUGAUACGAUCUUCAGGCAUCCGGACGAUCUGCAGAUUCCCAGCUCCUCUCUACCAGACAGAAUGAUUCCAGCUCUGAGGAAUGACGCAACAGCCGGGGGGACAUUCCUGCGCUAUCUGAACAGGUUUGAGUUGCCGAAGACGACUCAGAUUUUUCUUCUGUGGCAAGAACUAAGUGACUAUGGAGAACGGGGGGCAGAGCGGAACCAAAGCGGCGCCAGUCAGCGCCAAGUCUGGGGGCGCAGCCCUGAUGUUUACCCGGAGUCCUCCAUUACACAUGCAGGCGAGCCGGCCGUGGGGCACUCGGACGCCUUCUCAGGACAGAUACACCUGGAGGAUCUAGGGUCUGCGUAUCACCUGGCGCUGGACGCUCUGCGGGACUCCUGGAUAAGAUUCCUGAACUACGACAUUUCCAUGUUCCUGAAGUACUGUGUUCCACCAUCGCACCACAAGUCCAAGAAUUCGGGGUCAUCAGCAAAUAGAGGGGUAAAAACAAGACAGAAAAGGUCACACAAGGAAAACGGACACGGAGGUCUUCACCAUGGGGGCAGCAAGAAGGCCAACAAGAGGAGAGACCCUUUCAGGGUCCCCAGUCAGAUUACAGGACGUCCCAGUCACCUCCUGCAUGAUCCCAACAUCCCCCUGGAGAUGCUUCAGCACAGAGCAGUCUACAAGGCCUACAAGAAACUGGUGCAGGAGACGGAGAUGCCACAGGCCUUGAGGGUUCUGGAGAUGCUUCAUGCGUUACAGAGCAAAAAAGGGGAGGCUAAGAUGUUGGGUUUGAUCCACAAAGUUCUAGAGUUGGAUGCUAUUCAGAACCCACAACUGCAAGGACUGAGGAAACAUUUGACAAAUGAACUGUCCAAAGGUAUGGUCAGCAGUUCGUCCAUCACACAGGUCGCAAGGUUCCUCGGUGGGCUCCUGGCCGCCUCCUUUAACAAGUUCUGGGUGGAGAUGUUAGGAAGGCUGAAGGAUUAUGGAGUGCAGCAGUCAGGAAAUGAAGGUUGGGCGAGACUUGAGCCAAUUCUUCUAGUGCUAAGCACUAAAAUGGCCAUGAAGCGCCUUCACGGUCGAAGGAACGAUGUGUAUCAUCCAGCACAGCUGCAGCCGAGUGUAGACGAUGGAGAUACCUUCCACCAAGCCCUGGAGAUGGCAGCUAAGGGAUGGCCAACUCCAGAAGUUCUGCAUUUCCUGAAGUAUCUGCAGAUACAUGGUCUUCAGGAGGGGUUACCUUUACUGGAGAACAACCUGCUGUGCUGUUUGGAGCUGAUGAAGUAUAAGAAUGCCCAUCAUGCCAUGCCGGACCAUGGCCUCCUGAAGAGGAAGGUUCAUGUCAUCAAGGAGAGAUUUCUCUUUUUACAUGGGAAUCCUGUACUGCAGCUGUCCCCGGAACUCCUGGAGGCUGCGCUAAGAGACGCGGAGGUGGCGGCACACAGCGACCUGCCCGCAAUCUCACUAUUCGAUCACCUCCAUGACUGGCUGACCAACUCUUUAUUGCCAUUCUGGGCUGGAUUUCGGAAAGCAUGGGCGGUCCGCUCCCCAUCCAGCGCUCAGAGGGUCCCACUGCUCCGGGUCCAGCAAAUGCUUAGGAAACGCUUGGCUAUGUUUGAGGUAGAAGAGAAGCCAUUGAAAACAUUCCAGCUCCCUCCGGUGCAGCACAACCCCCAAAAAGUAGGAUCAUCCAUGGUCACCUUCAGCUUCAGUAUGACCACCGGGCUCACCUUAAAGGAGAACACUGCACAGACGCCCGACCAUCCGGCCAGCAGAAGAACGUCCCAGCCUGGGCUCUUACCGUCCAUAAGUCCCACAUUCCCGGCACAGCCCGACGUGAUCACCGACGAUGAUGAAUAAAUGUUCGUUCAGCGUGAA